GAGACAUCAGCAGCAAUGGCAAGAACCAAGCAGACCGCUCGUAAAUCUACUGGAGGCAAAGCCCCAAGGAAGCAGCUCGCUACUAAAGCCGCCCGUAAGAGCGCCCCGGCCACCGGUGGAGUGAAGAAGCCUCAUCGUUACAGGCCCGGCACCGUGGCUCUGAGAGAGAUCCGCCGUUAUCAGAAAUCAACUGAGCUGCUGAUCCGCAAACUUCCCUUCCAGCGUCUGGUGAGAGAAAUCGCUCAGGACUUCAAGACGGAUCUGCGCUUCCAGAGCUCUGCUGUCAUGGCUCUGCAGGAGUCCAGUGAGGCUUACUUGGUCGGUCUGUUCGAGGACACCAACCUGUGCGCCAUCCACGCCAAGAGAGUCACCAUCAUGCCCAAAGACAUACAGCUGGCCCGCCGUAUCCGCGGAGAGCGCGCUUAAGACCGCAUUAUAACAUUAACCCCAACGGCUCUUUUAAGAGCCACCCAAUCCACUGAAAGGACACGAUUUCUAUUAUUGAAUGAACUUCGUUUCCCGGAAGUUCAUAAUUGAUCACUCCUUGAACUGCCCGUUAACCUAUCUGCCAGACAACAUCACACUAAUAAAUGAGCUUAAAGGCAACCGUACAUUUAAACCAAUUCAGACUAUUAUCCAUGGGUUAGAGUUUCUGUACCAUUCCUAUUUAG